GCCUCCAUCUUUGACCGAAAUUUUUUUUUUUUUUUGAAAAUAGGUAAUGGCAUCUUUGACGGAAAUUGAAACUCCAUUAUAAGAAGAAAAUGGGGCUACAUUGCUUCAAGCCAAAAAACAAAGAACAAAAAAUGGAGGAAAAAUGGGUUAGAGCAAUUGUAAUGUUGGUUUUGGUAAGUGGGUGGCUUUGUUCUUGUUGUUGUGGGUGUUUGGAGGAAGAGAGAAUUGCCCUCUUAAACCUCAAGUUUGCAAUCCCUCCCUCAACUAGCCAUGUUCUAGCACCUUGGGAAGGGCAUGGUGAUUGUUGUAAGUGGGUUGGGAUUGAAUGCAACAUCACAACAAAGAGAGUGAUCCAGCUCUCUCUUAAUGAUACUUCCGAUUGGAUCUUUGAGGGUUGGUAUUUGAAUUCUUCUUUGUUUUCACCGUUGGAAGAGUUAAAGAGUCUUUUCUUGAAGGACAAUAGCAUUUCUGGUUUCACAAACAAUGAAGGUUUAGAAAGGUUGUCAAGCUUAAGCAAUUUGGAGAUUCUUGAUUUGAGUUAUAACCUGUUAAACAAUAGCAUCCUAUCAUCUUUGGCAAGUCUUUCAUCUUUAAAAGUGUUAAAUCUAGCAGGCAAUAAGAUGGAAGGAAGUCUACAUAUUCAAGGUAUUAAAAGACCACUAGUGCUACGUUAUUUGGAAGUGCUUGAUUUGGGCGUUAAUUCUUUCAAUAACACUAUUUUAUCUUCCUUGAGAGGGCUUUCAUCUCUUAGGAGUCUUAAUUUGAGUGAAAACAAUUUAAAAGGAAUGCUGAAUAUUGAAGAAUUAGUUACUCUAAACAACUUGAAGGAGUUGGAUUUAAGUCGUAAUGAAGUGGAAAGUUUUGUGACUCCCAAAGAUACAAGAAGUUUGAGUAUGCUAGAAGUCCUAAAUCUAAGAUGGAAUAACAACACUUGUGGAAGAUGUCUACUACAGUCAAUCAGGGCAUUCCCUUUAAUUAAGACCCUUGACCUUACUUGGAGUAGAUCUAUAGAAUUGAUGACUGUUGAAGAUAGUCUCACUUUUAAGGAGUUGGAAGUAUUGCUUUUGGACAGAUCUUCUCUUCACAAUAAUUUUCUUCAAAGCAUUGGAAUGCUAAGCUCUCUUAAAGUUUUGUCUGCAUCCUUCUGUGAGCUCAAUGGAACUUUGCCCAAUCAAGGAUGGUGUAAACUGAAGAACCUUGAAGAGUUAGAUUUAAGUACAAAUAAUUUUCAAGGAAUGCUUCCCUCUUGUUUGGGAAACUUGUCAUAUCUUCAGGUGUUGGAUGUAUCAUUUAACCAUUUCACAGGAAAUAUUGCCACCAGCCCUCUUACCAAUUUGAAAUCACUUGAAUAUCUCUCGUUUUCAAGUAACAAUUUUCAAGUCCCAAUUUCCUUUAGGAUGUUUUCCAACCACUCCAAGCUUAAGGUCCUUCUUGGCGAUGACAACAAUUUAAUGUCAGAACCUCUCCUUCAAACUCCAACUUCAAAGUUCCAACUCAUAAUUUUGAGUUUGUCUUACCUUGCAUUAAAAGAACCUCCUUACUUCCUCCAUCACCAAAAUGACCUUAGGGUUGUUCAUCUCUCCCACAACAACAUCACUGGAGGAUUCCCAUCUUGGCUAUUCAUGAACAAUAUAGGAUUAAAAGUAUUCAACCUAGGAUAUAACUCCAUAUCAGGACCUUUGCAGUUGCCAUCACAACCUCAUUUCAACAUUUCAUUCUUAGAUGUAACUAGGAGUGGUUUACUAGGAAAAAUCCCUAUAAAUAUGGGUUCAGUCUUUCCCCAUCUUACAAACUUAAUCAUGUCUGAAAAUUCCUUUCAAGGUCAGAUUCCUGCUUCUUUUGGUGAUAUGAAAUUAUUAGAAUCUUUAAGCUUGCCAAACAAUCAAUUCUCUGGGAGGAUCCCUGAUUCCUUUGGUAAUUUGAGCUCUUUAGUCUAUUUAAACUUGUCCAAUAACCGAUUGUCAGGAGGAAUACCAAAACUGCUAGUCUUAGGUUGCCCUUUGACAAUUCUUAUAUUGUCCGAUAAUAAUUUGCAAGGGCAAGUAUUUCCUCUUCUUGUCAACUUAACAACAUUAACAGUCUUACAACUAGGCGGCAAUAACUUUGCAGGAGAGAUACCUGAGGUUUCAUCUGUCAACUCUUUUUCUCCAUGGGUAAUAGACAUGAGCAACAACCAUUUCUCAGGCAAGCUUCCAAGAUGGAUGGGAAAUAUCUCAUUUUUGAUUGGGUUGUCUUUGUCCAAAAAUAAUUUUGAAGGUUCGUUUCCAAUAGAAUUUUGUGGCUUUUACAUCCUUGGUUUUCUUGACCUCUCAGAUAACAACUUGUCUGGCUCCAUCCCAGAUUGCUUUAAUCCAAGUUUUCUAAACCGUCUUCAUCUGAGCAACAAUAGAUUUACUGGGCCAUUGCCAAUAGCAUUCUAUAGUAAUGGUAGCUCUUAUCUGGAAUCAUUGGACCUUACAAGGAACAAUCUAACUGGUACAAUUCCUAGUUGGAUUGGUGGCCUACCAUUUUUGCGUAUUCUUUUGUUGAAAGCUAACCAUUUUGAAGGUGAGAUUCCUUUCCAGCUAUGUCAGUUGAAGAGAUUAAGGAUAAUGGAUCUUUCUCAAAAUAAUCUUUCUGGUUCUAUACCUUUGUGUCUGAGUAGUUUAACAUCUGAGGCAACGACUUUUAAACUUCAAGUUGGUAUUUCGAUGAAUGGCAACAUGAACAUAACAUCAAUGAUAUAUUCACUGUCAGACAUAGGGGAGAACAAGCUGACAAAGAAUUACAAUGGCUUCCUGAAAUAUGAAGAUAAGGUCUUUGAUUUUAAGGAUUGGGUAGAGUUUACAACAAAGAGCAUGUCGUAUGUUUACAAUGGCAGCAUCCUUGGUUACAUGUCUGGUAUUGAUUUAUCUUGCAACCAUCUCAAGGGAAGGAUCCCACCUGAAAUUGGAUACUUGAUUGAGAUGCAUGCACUAAACUUGUCACACAACAACCUAACAGGACCAAUUCCCUCUACUUUUUCAAACCUAAAACAAAUUGAAAGUUUGGACCUUUCCUAUAACAAUUUGAAUGGGGCAAUUCCCCCUCAGUUGAUUGAGCUAAACACCUUGUCUGUGUUUUCUGUUGCACAUAACAACUUAUCAGGAUCAACCCCUGAUCAAAAAGCCCAGUUUGGGACCUUUGAUGAAAGCAGCUAUGAAGGAAAUCCUUACCUUUGUGGAGCUCCACUGCAAAUCAACUGCACCAAAAUUGAAUCACCAUCAAUGACCAAUGUUUCCCAUUAUGAUUGGGAAAACAAUGGUUUUACGUACAUGAGUGUUUUCUACUGGAGCUUUUUGGCAACUUAUGUCGUAGUGUUGAUGGGUAUUGCAACAAUUCUGUACAUAAAUCCUUAUUGGAGACAGGCAUGGUUUUACUUCAUUGAAGUUUGCAUCACCUAUUGUUACUACUUUGUUCUAGACAACUUUUGUUGGUUUUCCAAAACAAUCAUUUAACCUUUGUAGAGUCAAGACUCAAGUGACUAGUAAUAAGAAUUGUAAGAGAAUAAGUAUUCAAGGGGUAGCCUUGUAUUCAAAUGAUCUUAAUGCAAGCUUUGAUAUUGAAGUUUCCCACUAAGAAAGUUCAUCACACUAA